UUUUUCCCCAUGCAUGUAUUGGUAAGUUUGAUAACGGUGGAUUGAUAAGAGUCUCCACGUUCACUGCAGAAUAAACCAAUGCUACUGACUCGCCAUGUCUCAGGACAGUCAACAUGGAAAGUGGACCAUCUCCAGCAGUGAUGACGACGACGAGUACCCUCCUCCUUCAGGAACUACCACGUCUGAGUCCCGUCGACCUCCUCAGUCCAAUCACACCUCCCAUAGGUCUGCAUCUCCACCACCACAAACGCUCCCCGUGGAGGUGAAACCAGAACCAGCUAAACCGCCCGUGUCCGCGCUGGUCGUCGGCUCCGAGGCCAGACAGUCAGCUGCACAGAACCAGCUAAAUCCUGUGAAGUUUGAAACUAGCCCUUCGCUGGCUGGGAAGCGGAAGAAAGAAGCGUCUGAUGGGAGCGGCUGGGCUCUGUCAGAUAGUGAUGAAGACGACGGAGAUGCAAAGAGGAAGAGUUUCAGCAACCCCCCAAAGAAGGCACCUCCCAGCCCCAAAGCAAAGAAACUAAAGGUGGAGAACGAGCGUCCUCCGAGCCCCCACGGCCGGCUCUACUACAUCGACGAGCCAGAGGACUUCUUUGAAUCGGGCAUUCCUUGUCUGAAUGACACCUACAGGUUUUACCUAAACAAAGUCACGGGCUUGGACAAGAAGUACAACAGUGGAGCUCUGCACAUCAAAGACAUCCUGUCUCCGUUAUUUGGGACUCUGAAAGAAUCUGUCCAGUUUAAUUACUGCUUUGAUAUCGCCUGGAUGGUGAAACAGUACCCAGCAGAGUUUAGGGAUCGCCCGGUUCUGAUCGUCCACGGAGACAAGCGGGAGGCCAAGGCCCGGCUGCUGCAGCAGGCUCAGCCCUUCCCACAUGUUCGUUUCUGCCAGGCCAAGCUCGACAUCGCUUUUGGGACUCACCACACGAAGAUGAUGUUGCUGUGGUAUGAAGAAGGCUUCAGAGUCAUCAUUCUGACCUCAAACCUCAUCAGAGCUGACUGGUACCAGAAAACACAAGGCAUGUGGAUGAGUCCUUUGUUUCCACGGUUGCCAAAAGGAAGCAGUGCAAGCGACGGGGAGUCGCCCACCUUCUUUAAGAAGGAUCUACUGGAGUACCUGGCAUCGUACCGAGCACCAGAACUCGAAGAGUGGAUCCAACGGAUCAAAGAGCACGACCUGUCAGAGACGAGGGUGUAUUUGGUCGGCUCAACCCCGGGCAGAUAUGUAGGAGAGAAUAUGGAGCGCUGGGGCCACCUGAGGCUGAGGAAGCUGCUGCACAACCACACAGACCCUAUUCCCGGCGAGGAAAGGUGGCCUGUGAUUGGUCAGUUUUCCAGCAUCGGCUCAAUGGGACUGGAUAAGACUAAAUGGUUGACGGGGGAAUUUCAGCGCACCCUGACCACUCUGGGGAAAUCCUCUCUUCGCCCAGAUCCCUCCAUGCACUUGGUUUAUCCAUCAGUGGAGGAUGUGAGGACGAGUUUAGAAGGCUACCCAGCUGGAGGCUCUCUGCCCUACAGCAUCCAGACCGCUCAGAAACAGCUCUGGCUGCACGCCUACUUCCACCGCUGGAAGGCAAAUACGACAGGGAGGAGUCAUGCCAUGCCGCACAUCAAGACGUACAUGAGGGCAUCGCCGGAUUUCACUGAGCUCGCCUGGUUCCUCGUCACCAGUGCCAACCUGUCCAAGGCAGCGUGGGGUGCGCUGGAGAAGAACAACACCCAGGUCAUGGUCCGUUCUUACGAGCUGGGGGUCCUCUACGUGCCGUCCGCCUUCAACAUGAAGACCUUCCCAGUUGACAGAAACCCAUUUCCUGUCUCCUCAUCUUCCUCUGGUUUCCCGGUGCCCUUUGACCUCCCCCCUACAUGCUACUCUCCUAAAGAUCAGCCUUGGAUCUGGAACAUUCCUUACAGCCAAGCUCCUGACACGCACGGCAACAUCUGGGUUCCCUCCUGAACACACACAUUUCUCAUUUAAUAGUCUGCUGUUUGUACCUGUCAACACUGUGUCUUGGUGUUAGUUUAGUAGCAUUCCUUUGGAUAUUUUAUACUGUACCAUAGACGAACAUGUUUUCUACCAAUAAAUAAAACAAGUGUUGUCUUUGUCCAAC